GGUAUGUCUCGAAGAAGACGAUAACGACACACAGCAGGAUGGCGCUGUAAAUCUAAUCCAAAAUAUUGUUUUGCAUUCAAUAUUGAAUUGGUGUCAAUAAUUAUAUUGUUGAAAUAGCACGUUCUUGCUUAAACUGUUAUAUCGUUGUUGUCAAACAUUUUGCAAGGCAUUUUUAAGCAUAACAUGAAGCGAGAAGCAAAACCUCACGGGGUCAGCGGGGGUCAUUCUCAGACCCAGUCAGCCCAGGAGACGCGCGGUCUCGAAAAGUACGAGAAACUCGGCAAGCUAGGCGAGGGCUCCUACGGCACCGUCUACAAGUGUCGAAAUCGAGAGACGGGUCAAAUCGUGGCCAUCAAGAAGUUCCUCGAGGCAGAGGAUGACCCGGUCAUUCGUAAGAUCGCUGUUCGAGAAGUGCGCAUGCUAAAGCAACUGAAGCACCCGAACCUGGUGAACCUGCUGGAGGUGUUCAGGCGCAGGAAGCGACUUCACCUGGUGUUCGAGUUCUGCGACAGCACCGUGCUGGAUGAGCUGGAGAAGUCCAACAAAGGCAGGAUGAGCGAGGAGCGGGCGCGGAAGAUCAUCUGGCAGGUGCUUCAGGCGGUCAACUUCUGCCACUCGCGCAGCUGCAUCCAUCGAGACGUGAAGCCCGAAAAUCUGCUCAUCUCCAAGGACGGCGUCGUCAAGCUCUGCGACUUCGGCUUCGCUCGCAGCAUGAGCGGCCAGGGUGAGAACCUGACCGACUACGUGGCCACGCGCUGGUACCGGGCUCCCGAGCUGCUGGUCGGCGACACUCAGUACGGGCCGCCGGUGGACGUGUGGGCCAUCGGCUGCGUGCUGGCCGAACUGGUGCGCGGCCACGCGCUGUGGCCCGGCCGCUCUGACCUCGAUCAGCUCUACCUCAUCAGGCGGACGCUCGGCGAGCUACUUCCCCGACACAUGCAGAUCUUCAAGGCGAACAGGUUCUUCCGAGGCAUGAGCAUCCCGGAGUCUGAUAAGAAGGACAGUCUGGAGCAGAAACUCUCCAAGUACUGCAGCAAGGAGUGCAUGGACUUCGUCAUGCACUGCGUAGACAAGGAUCCUGAGACAAGGCCCACGUGCGCCCAGCUGAUGAAGCACCCCUUCAUGAAGGUCAUGUCGGAAAAGUCGGCCGGCCGUCUGCCGCGCCUGCCGUCCGGUCAGGGCAGCUCGGCACCCCCGGCCGGUAAGUCGCCCGACCAGCGCCGCUCGCCAGCCACCAACGGAUCACUGCCGCAAAUCAGGGACGGCCAGACCCUGCAGCCGGCCGGCCCACAGCGCGAGAAGGCCGUCUAGCGCCGCUGAUGGUCGGGAGAGAGUGAUGGGGAAGAGGUGCCGGUACAUGCCUGGCACGGGUCUUCCCUGAGCUGAGGACUAGUGCGCAGUAUGUCUAGCUGGGUGUGUUGUGCUAGACUGUCGUUGUUCGUGUACUCGUAUGUGUGCCAGGUAUGGUAAAAAAAAUGUUAGUAAGGAGUGUCAGAGUGCAUUCUCGAAUGUCGUGCUCCGCGGUAUGAUGAGUGCAUCGCUUAGCAUCGGUGCAGAACGCCGCGUCCCCUGCUCCCUGUGCUGUACGUUAUUGUUGCCACUUUGUUCUCUGUGCGUUUGCUGUGAUAAUUAUUCGUUAAAUAUGUGAUGUUUAGUGAUUCAGUCGAGCACCCAGGCGUGUGCAGGGCGUGUGCUCCGUGUAACAAGCCUUUGUUGUCAUGACAACGUGUUUACUUAUUUGACGCCCCUAUUGACGGGUUGUGUCUGAUUGUUUUGUUCAAUGACUUCUUCAAGGUGAAUAAAACUUCGACUAUUUUUCUAAAA